AUGGCGUGGUAUGUCUUCCAUCUCUUAGAAAUCACCGAGCCCAAUUUGACGGUCACCACGCGUGAAAUCAACGCCGUUCUUCGCAAGGUUGGGAUCGUGCGGUGGCCCAUGCUGGAAGUCAUCGACAACCCGAACAUCUCCAACAUCCUGUACGAGUCGUUCAGCUUGUUCGGCCUCAGCGGUCUCUUCUCGCUCACGCUCGAAACGUACCCCGGGCAUCAACGGCUAGCUCUGGGCCGUACGUACGGCUUCAAGAUCGGGCCGCCAGAGUUCGCUUUCGCUACAGAAUUGCGCGCCAAACAGGCUUCCAGCGAUUCCGCGGUGCUCGCGUCGUACGAAGACAGCAUCACCGCCAUCGCGCAAACAUUCCGCUCCGGGAUUCCGCUCCAGGGCAUCGCCAGGGAGAUCGUCUUACUCCAGCACUACCUCCGCCAGAUGACCAUAUUGAAGCCUUCCAUAAAAGACUACAGCGACAACAACGUGACUCUGGCUUCUCUGUCACUUGACCAGAACAUGCUGGAGUGGUACCGACUGCUCGUGCGGAUCCAGGAGAGGACGACGGAUCGCAGUCAUCAAACCAUGUCGAAUCCAGGAAGCCAGGUCGUCACCAUCUGGGACAAGAAGUACCUUCACUGCAUCAACAGGCUGUUCAAGGUUGAGUUUAAUGUUCGGGCGGUGGUCAACUACCUCGGCUGGAUCAUCGUGGAGCGCCUGGGCUUCCUCUCGUACCUGCACCAGUUUGACGCCCACCGCCGGACGGUCUACGGCUACACGGACCCGACCGACGUGGCCGAAACGUGCACCGAGCUGGUCGUCCAGCUCGCACCCCAGCACAGUGCCUCACUCGUUUUCGAUGCCGAGGAAAAUCGAGCGCUCAUUGAUUACGUGCACUGGAUUACGCAGGAGCUUUUGGAGUCGUUCAUCUUUCAAGUGGAGCAGGUAGACUGGAUGGACAAGGAGACGAAGCUGAAGGCGCGCAGGAAGAUUGAGAAAACGACGGUCAUCGUCAAUUCUGGAGACGAAAGGAGCGACGACUUUCUCGCCUCCUGGGACGAUGGGCAAGACUUCGUGAACAUCAUCGUGAACAAUAUCAUUAACGAGACCUCAAAGCAAAUGCGAAGUUUAUGGGAGAAUACCAGCGAUUCUUGCGAAGAGUGUUCGGCACUUUCACCGUUCUCUCACGAGAUACAGUACAUUCAUCGAAGAAACGUAAUUGGAGCAUAUAUCAACGACGAGCUGGAUUUCGAAGACUGGCACUCCAAUCAGACCAAGGAGAAGCUGGACGAAGCAAUGAACUGCUUCGCGAACGACCUGGACGUUCUCUCGUUGCAGAGCCAACUGCUCGAGACCGACUACAUUAAGCUUUUUCAAGCUGUCGUCUGCCUCUCUGGGGGGCUUUCCCUCGCUUAUAAGACAUACGCUACGUUUAUGGGAAAAUACGAGGAACAGUUUGUGGAAUCGAACAUGAGAAACUUGAAGCUAACUCUGCACCAGUAUUUCUUCCUCCAAUUCGCGAGAAAUCUCUGCAGAAAAUAUUCGGACCAGUAUAAGAAAAACUUCAACCUCGACGACCUGGAAGAUAAACUCCGGCUCAUAGUACCGAUGAGACACUCUUUUCGAAUGGCCAGAGACUUCGUGUGCAAGGAAGGCGGUCAGCUAAACGCCGUACCGCUGUGUUCCAUAAUCUGA